AUGUCACUCCUCUUCCCCACGAAACGCCGGAGGCCGCUAUGGCUCUACCUCGUACCCCCGGUCCUGGGCCUCCUCCUCCUAGCACAUAUCCACUCGUUCCGCAUCCCCUCGACCCUCCUCCCCUAUAAUGCCAUCUCUCCGGCGCAUGAUGACGACCAGGGCCACCCCUCGGCAGCUUCCCACCUGGAGUCGAUGCCCGUCCAGGCUUUCUGGAAAUCCCUCCAGGCCGCUCUCCACGUCGCCGAGCCCAGCCUUCCCUCCCCCCUCCGCCCGACUGCCGGGCCCCCGCUUUCCGAUGGCGAGCUCGACUCGAGCCCCUCCUCCGAGACGGUAACAAACGACACCCCGCGCCGGAACCUCAUCGCCCUCGACGACGCCUCCCUCGAGUCCCUCACCGCGCAGCACGCAGCCUUCGUGUCCGCCGUCAGGUCCACGCUGUCCGAGAAGCUCCCCUACUGGAAAGGCACCCGUGGCGUCGUCAUGACCGCCGGCGGCGGCUACCUCGGCACCGCGCUGACCUCGAUCCUCAUGCUCCGCCGCUCCGGCUCCCGGCUCCCCGUCCACCUCUUCCUCGACACCCGCGCCGAGCGGGCCGCCGCCGCCGGCUUCUGCGACGGCAUCCUCCGACGCAUGGCCGUGGAGUGCCUCGUCGUAGAAGACCUCCUCCUCGCCAGCAACACCAGCGCCUCCAUCAGGCACUACCAGUACAAGGUCCUCUCCAUCCUCCUCUCCCCCUUCCAGCAGACCCUCUACCUCGACUCGGACGCCUGGCCCAUUCACGACCCGGAGCCCCUGUUCACCUCCGAGCCCUUCGCCUCCCAAGGCCUCGUCACCUGGCCCGACUUUUGGCUCGAGACGGCAUCCCCCAGCUACUACCGCAUCGCCAACGCCCCCCUGCCCCCGCGGCCCCUCACCCGGCGCAGCUCCGAGUCCGGCAUCCUGUUGUACGACAAGGCCACCCACGCCGACGACCUCCUCCUCGCGACCUACUACAACUGGUUCGGCCCGGGCUGCUUCUACCCCCUCCUCUCCCAGGGUGCCCCCGGCGAGGGCGACAAGGAGACCUUCCUCCACGCCGCCGCCGCUCUGGACCGGCCCUUCUGGGACGUCCGCACCCCCGUCACCGUCCUCGGCCGCUGGAUCAACGGCUCCUUCGAGACCGCCACCAUGCGCCAGGCCGACCCGGCUGAGGACUUCGGCCUCUUCAACGCCACCGCCGCCCUCGAUCACGCGCGCGAGGACCCGGCCGAGUCGCGGCGCAGGGCCGCCAAGACCUUGUUCAUCCACCACAACCUCUUCAAGCUCGACGUCGGCGCCGUCGGCGCCUCCUCGGACCCCAUGUUCCGUCUCGACGAGGAGGGCAGGGCCGGCCGGCUCGGCUUCGAUGUUGAGCGUCGCAUGUGGGACGUCGUGCUCGCAGCCAAGGCCUGCGGCUCAGCGUCUCAGGUGCCCGCCGACGACGACGCCAGCGAUGACGGCUGUGGGCGCCUGGUACGCUGGUACGAGGCCGUCUUCGGCGAGGCGCCGCCUCUGCGUUCCGGUUCCGCGUCCGCGGCGUGGAGGUGA